AUGUUCCUUGUUCGAUUAAACAUACUCUUCCUUCUUUUUCUUCCAAAAAAUGCAAAAUCACAAGAUCUUUUCAACGCCGACAAACAAACACCUUUCAUUUUAGAUAUUUGCAAAUUAUCCGUAUCGAAAUCUGUAAUUUUCUUACACUAUGAAUCUAUAAAAGAAAUGGAAAUGACAACGAUGAUUUUCAAAUGGAGACGUGCACUUUCUCGUGAAGGGAUUGCGAGCACAAAUUUGCAUUUUUCACAAUUGCACAAAUCAUCGUACUACAUAAAACAAAUUGUACGACCAUAUUACAUAGCAGUGAUCUCUAAUAACAACGCGAUUAAUGCGUUCUCUUUAGCAACAAGUACCUUUGACAUGUCUUCAGCUAUGUGGCUAGUAAUAUUCAUUUACAAGGAACAUGAUUUCGAUUAUUGUCACAAUCCACCAGGUAAUAUAUUUCAUCUAAAAUUCGAUUCAGAAAUGUUAGUCCGUUGUGGUACGGAAAAUAUUUUACGGGAAUGGUAUUCGGUCGAUACGAAUUUAAUCGAGAUCAAUGACGUAGCUAUAUGGAACUUAGAGAAAGGAAUCACUAAAAUGGUUACAAAUUCUCUUUACGACAGAAGAUAUAAUUUACAGGGUUUGAUCAUGAAAGCUGUUAUAGUUAAGGGUUCAUCUUUCAUUAACGUAAAAAAGAAUGGCAAAUUAGGUGGUAUUUUCAGUGAGCUAUUAAAUCAAAUUUGUAUUACUCUCAACGUUAGUUUCGACAUUGUCUCGGAAGUAAAAGAGUUCGGAAGAUGGAAUCCAAAUAAAAAGACCUGGUCUGGAGCAAUUGCAGAAUUAUAUUAUGGACGUGCCGAUAUUUCUCUUUCAGGUUUUUCUAUUACCAGUGCCAGAUUAAAUGUUGUUGACUUCACUCUUCCUAUUACAUAUACCAAAAACCUUCUUGUUAUUCAAGAACCAGAAAAAUUGGGGAUUGAAUGGUCAUCUCACUUUUUAACUUUCACUAAUUCUGUUUGGAUUGCUAUCCUUGGAAUAUUAAUAGCUUCAUCAAUCUUAUUUAUUUUUCUCAAAAUACAUAAUGGUACUGAUCGUAAAAUAGGAUAUUUAUUCAUCGAUAAUUUUCUGGAGAUUUGUGGCAUAUUGUGCCAACAGGGACUAGCAGAUUUUCCUGUUAGAUCUUCGCUAAGAAUAGCAUACUUCUCUUUAUUUCUUUUGGUUAUCGUCUUAUCGGCCGCUUAUUCAGCAGCUUUAAUAAGUUUCUUAACGUCCACUACCCAUAUUUUACCUUUUCAUUCAUUAGAGAGCUUCGUUGAAGAUGGUACUUACCAACUUGCCGUCGUUCGUGGUUCGGCUUAUUAUGAUAAGUUUGCAAAUUCGAGAGAUCCACUCGCAAAGAAAUUGAUGAAGUUGAUGUUAGAAGAUAAAAAAUUGCCCCAUACUGAACAAGAAGCAUAUAAGAGAAUUUGUAAAAAUCAGAAGCUAGCAAUCUACUCGAUUCAACACAAUAAUGCAGUAAAUCUGGAAAUUCCGUGCAAUGUAGUUCGUAUUGAUACAGGACAUGUAAAUAAUAUUGCUAUGAUUUUAUCUAAGCACAAUCCAUUCACUAACGUCAUCAAUUUUCAGUUGCAGAAAUUUUUUGACAAUGGCAUUAUGAGUCGUUUAAAAAGUUCACCAUUUAGAAAGAAAUCCAAUGAUAUGAUAGAGCAUCAACCGGUUCCCCUAACCAGCGUAAUAUCACUUCUUAUCUUUAUCCUAAUUGGUGUCGUUUUGAGUACUUGUAUUCUGAUUAUAGAAAUAUUAACUUCACUUUUCUCGAUUUAUUUAAUGACAUAUUCGAAUACUACAUUAAAUAAAAGAGGUGACAGUGCAUUUCUCUAUUUUAAUCUGCUAUAUAUACAAUCUCAUAAACAUCGUUACAUAUCAGAUUUAAAAUCAUCGUUUUCUGAAAAGCGUAGUUCUCUCAAGAACUCUUACAAUUUUGUAAAAAUGUGGUAA